AUGGCGACCAAGAAGCCUAACAUCCUCUACAUUAUGGCCGACCAGAUGGCCGCGCCCUUGUUGUCUCUGCAUGACAAGGACUCGCCCAUCAAGACCCCCAACCUGGACCGUCUGGGCAGCGAGGGUGUGGUCUUCGACUCGGCCUACUGCAACGCCCCACUGUGUGCGCCCUCGCGCUUCGUCAUGGUCAGCGGCCAGCUGCCCUCCAAGAUCGGCGCUUACGACAAUGCGGCAGAUCUGCCCGCCGACACACCGACCUACGCCCACUAUCUCCGCCGCGAGGGCUACCACACGGCUCUAGCCGGCAAGAUGCACUUCUGUGGGCCCGACCAGCUACACGGCUAUGAGCAGCGUUUGACCAGCGACAUCUACCCCGGCGACUACGGCUGGUCGGUCAACUGGGAUGAGCCGGCUGACAUUCCGACCCGCCAGGAAAUCCGCCUCGACUACUACCACAACAUGUCUUCUGUCCUGGAAGCCGGUCCCGUGGUGCGCACCAACCAGCUUGACUUUGACGAGGAGGUCAUCUACAAGUCCACGCAGUACUUGUACGACCACGUGCGUCACCGCACCGAACAGCCCUUCUGCUUGACCGUCUCCAUGACGCACCCGCACGACCCCUACGCCAUGACCAAGGAAUUCUGGGAUCUGUACGAGGAUGUCGACAUCCCGUUGCCCACGAACGGGGCCAUCCCGCACGACCAGCAGGAUGCGCACUCGCAGCGUGUGCUGAAGUGCAUUGAUCUGUUCGGCAAGGAGAUUUCUGAUGAGCGCAUCCGCGCCGCCCGUCGCGCCUACUAUGCCGCGUGCACUUAUGUCGAUACCAACAUCGGCAAGCUGCUCAAGGUGCUGAAGGAUACCGGUCUGGACGAGGAUACGAUUAUCGUCUUCACGGGUGACCACGGUGACAUGCUCGGCGAGCGCGGUCUGUGGUACAAGAUGACCUGGUUCGAGAAUUCGGCUCGCGUGCCGAUGGUCUUCCACGCUCCCAAGAGGUUUGCGGCGAAGCGGGUGUCCGAGAACGUCUCGACGAUGGAUCUGCUGCCCACGUUCGCCGGUCUGGUUGGGGCGCCUAUUGUGCCGGGGCUCCCGCUCGAUGGUGUCUCCCUGGUGCCCUACUUGACCGGCGAGGAUGGUCCUCGCACCGACACCGUGUACGGCGAGUACAUGGGCGAGGGUACCCAGGCUCCCUUGGUCAUGAUCCGCCGCGGCCGCUGGAAGUUCAUCUAUUCGACCAUCGACCCGCCGAUGCUCUAUGAUCUGGUUAAUGACCCAGAGGAGAAGACCAACCUGGUCGCGGGCCUGCCCAUCCCCGCGACGCCCAAGGCCGCCCCCGUCAAGUUCGCCAACCCUCUGUCCGUGCCGGCCAGCUUGCCCACUCCCAUCGACACCCCGCGUGUCUCGCCCAUCCCGCAGCGUGCCAUCGACGCCUCGGCCCAGUACCCGUUCCCCUCGCCCACCCCGCCGCGAUCCCCCAGCCCCGCCACGUUCCACGCGCUGCCUAACACCACCGACCCUGCCGAGUUGCUGGCCUACUUUGUCGAGGAGACCCACAAACGUUGGGACCUCGAAGCGAUCCGGCAGGACGUGCUGCGGUCGCAGCGCCGCCGGCGCCUGGUGUACUCGGCCCUGAUCCAGGGCACCCCCGCGCUGUGGGACUACGAGCCGCGCGUUGACCCCAGCACCCAGUACGUGCGCAACCGGGGCAAAGGCGUGCUCGACGACGUCGAGAUGAUCUCGCGCUGGCCGCGCGUGUUGCAACAGGCUGCCACUGCGAACGGCAUCUCCCCUUGA